AUGAAUAAGAAGGUAUUAUUUUUAGAUGAACCAGAUUGUACUGAGCAAGCUUUGAAAACAUUUGAAAAGAUCGAUUCAUGUAUUUAUACAAAGAGCCAUUUAGGGAUUUCCAGUAAUGAAUUUAUGGAAUGUGAUUGUGUGGAAAAUUACUCUGAUGGUGUGAAUCAUUCCUGUGAUGAAAAUUCAGAUUGUAUUAAUAGAUUAACUUUAAUAGAAUGUGUUAAUUCUAAAUGUAAUUAUUGUGGUGAUAAUUGUCAAAAUCAAAGAUUUCAAAAACAUGAAUAUUCCAAUAUUUCCAUUUUCCAAACUGAAAUGAAAGGAUUUGGUGUUCGAGCAAAUGAAAAUCUUGAAAUUAAUCAAUUUAUUUAUGAAUAUAUCGGCGAAGUCAUAGAUGAUGAUGAGUUUCAUAAAAGAAUGAUUAAUUAUGAUCAAAGAGGCGAAAAACAUUUUUAUUUUAUGAUGUUAAAGAGUGGAGAGUUUAUAGAUGCCACUGAAAAGGGUAAUUUGGGGAGAUUUUGCAACCAUUCUUGUAAUCCAAAUGCUUAUGUAAAUAAAUGGUUAGUUGGUGAUAAAUUGAAAAUGGGGAUUUUUGCGAAGAGACCUAUUGAUAAAGGUGAAGAGAUUACAUUUGAUUAUAACGUUGAUAGAUAUGGUGCUUCUCCACAGAAAUGUUAUUGUGGUGAAGCAAACUGUUUGGGAUUCCUUGGUGGUAAGACUCAAACCGAUGCAGCUCUCUUACUACCACAAAUAUAUGCACAAGCAUUAGGAGUUAAUAGGUCGAUGGAAAAAAGAUGGAUAAAAGAUAAUAAAAUAGAUGUUAAAGCGAUCAUUAAUGUAACUAUAUCAAACGAUAAUAUAAAUAAAGAAUUUGUGGAACAACUUGACGUCCAACCCUGUGAUUCAGGUAGUGAUAUUACAAAAGUAAUGAGUGUCUUGCUACAAUUAGAAGAUAAUUCGAAUAUAAUAUUAUUAGCAGAAAAGUUAUUAAAGAGGAUUUCCCCAUUAAAUAAAGAAGAGAAUAGAGAAUUGAUUCAACAAGUAAUUAAAUUACAUGGUUAUAAAUGUUUUUCAAGGUUACUUCCAAUAUUUAUUAAGCAUAAUGAAAUUAAUUUGAUUGAAACAGUUCUAAUAAUAUUAAAUAAUUUGCCAAAAACGACAAGAAAUGGUAUUAUUAAUAGUAAUCUGGUUGAUCGUAUAAAUGACAUAGAGGAAAAAAUUCCUGAACUAUCAAAUAUAUGCAAUCAAUUAAUUGAAAAAUGGUCCAGUUUUGAGAUGUAUACUCAGAUUACCAAAAAUGAAAUUAAACGAUCUUCUUCAUCACUGUCAUCAUCAUCUAACCUAGUAAAAAACGGUACUUCAACCAAAUUUGAUUCAAGAAAUGAUAAAGAUUUUAGAAAAGUUCGAUUACCUCCUGGAUGGGAAAUAUUACAAGAAAAUGGUAGACCAGUUUAUUAUAAUGCCAAACAACAAACAAAAUUGCAUUACCCACCAGCUGGAAUAACGAAAGUCUUUUCACAAAAUAAUUUAGAUUCCCAUAGUCAUAAUUAUCAUAAUCAUCAUCAUCAUAAUGGUAAUAUCAAUAAUAAAAAACGUUUAUACUCACAUACAAUAUCUGAUAAAAGUGAAAAUAUGAACGGGAAUAACAAUAAUACUAAUGGUGGAGUUCUUAGUGAAGAAGAACUUAAAAGAAGAAAACAGGAGAGAAUAGAAAAAGAACGUAUUGCAUUGGAGAGGGCUAAAACCAAAGAAAUUCAAGAAUUAAAAGCUAAUUUACAACUCGAACAUGAAAAGAAAAAUGAAUUAGAGAGAAUUAUUGCACAUGCACUACAGAAGAAGCCAAAUGUAAGUACUGUAACACCGAAAUCUCCAGGAACACCAAAUAUAACAAAUGGUUCUAAUGGAUCUGUGCCUACCCCUCAUAAUGAUACUGUGCAUUCUAACGUUGAAAAGCCUAUAAGCACUGAAGAUGAAAAAUUAAUUAGAACUUGGAAUAAAUUCUUUGCAAUGAUUGUUCCUAACAUGUUGAAAAAAUAUGAGAAAGAAAAUCAUUUGAAACAUUCAACAGCUAAGAAUCUAUCAAGGGAUAUUGUUAAAAUUCUAACAAAGAAGGAAGUACAGCAUAAUAAUAACCGUAGUCCACCGGCUGAAAUUACAAAGGAUAAAAAACUAAAAGUGUAUAAAUUCGUAAAUGGUUAUAUGAGCAAAUGGUUCUUAAAAGAGCGUAGGAACCACAAUUAA